GAGAGAGAGAGAGAGAGAGAGAGAGAGGAUGACCUGAAGGGAACGAAGCCUCCUCAUUGGAGCUACAGGCGGCAGAGGAAGAGGAAAGCCGGUUCAUUUGUUGCUAUAGUGAAAAAGUAGAUUAUCCACUGCAACUAUGGUGCUGGGAUGAACGUGAAGGAUGCUGUAUUUCUCCAGAAAAUAUUCACCUGUUCUUCAAGAAAAGGUGAACAUGUUGUCACCUGUUACUGUGGAGACCAGCUCUGCCUUAUAAAUGGGAGAUCCCGGAGCGCUUUCAGCCAAUGAGAUGUCAACCUUCCUUUGAACUCCAGAGGAGAGGGGAAAAAAGUCCAUGACAAGAAACAAACUAAAGUCGCCUCUACAGACAGCUCUACGGCACCACCACCUGUUAUUAUGGCUCAGAAAGGUGUUUCUGGGACAAUUAGUUCCCUGUGACAGCGCUACUCAGCAGCACUGAGACCUGUUUCUCCAUUUUUGUUAACCCCCCUGCAAGACCCAGAAAGAUGCUCCGGCUGCUGCUGCUUGUGUCCGUUUGGGUAUUUCCUGAGAGAACCCACUCGACCCACUCCAACGAACGCCGAGUUGUAGCACACAUUCCUGGUGACAUCAUCAUUGGAGCUUUGUUUUCUGUCCAUCAUCAGCCUCCUGCUGACAAGGUUCACGAGCGCAAGUGUGGCGCUGUGCGAGAGCAAUAUGGCAUCCAGCGGGUGGAAGCCAUGAUGCACACUCUGGACCGCAUCAACGCCGAUCAGAACAUCCUCCCCAACAUCUCCCUGGGCUGUGAGAUCCGAGACUCCUGCUGGCACACGGCUGUGGCUCUGGAGCAGAGCAUCGAGUUCAUAAGGGACUCGCUGGUCUCCUCUGAUGAGGCCGAGGAGUGGGGUGGCGGAAGUCCUUGGGGAGGGGGAGGAGGAGGCACAGCCAUCAAGUGUUCAGACCCGUCAGCCACUCCCAUGCGGGGGAAAAAACCCAUUGUGGGUUUGAUUGGGCCUGGGUCAAGCUCCGUAGCGAUCCAGGUGCAAAACCUUCUGCAGCUGUUCAACAUACCGCAGAUAGCGUACUCUGCCACCAGCAUGGACCUCAGUGACAAGAGUCUGUACAAGUACUUUAUGCGGGUGGUGCCUUCAGACGCUCAGCAGGCGAGAGCGAUGGUCAACAUCGUGAAGAGAUACAACUGGAGCUACGUGUCUGCCAUACACACCGAAGGCAACUAUGGCGAAAGUGGGAUGGAAGCAUUCAAGGACAUGGCAGCCAAGGAGGGAAUCUGUAUCGCCCACUCUGGCAAAAUCUGGAGCAAUGCUGGUGAACAGAGCUUUGACCGGCUGCUGGAGAGGCUGAGGGCCCACCUGCCUAAAGCCAGGGUAGUGGCAUGUUUUUGUGAAGGCAUGACUGUCCGAAACAUCCUCAUGGCCAUGAGACGCCAGGGACUGGUCGGAGAGUUCCUUCUUAUUGGCAGUGACGGAUGGGCAGAUCGCUACGACGUGACGGAUGGCUACGUUAGAGAAGCUGCCGGCGGUAUUACCAUCAAGCUCCAGUCUGCUGACGUGAAGUGGUUUGAUGAGUACUACCUUAAACUUCGUCCUGAAAACAACCUCAGGAACCCCUGGUUCCCAGAGUUCUGGCAGCAUCGUUUCCACUGUCGACUCAAAGGCCACCCGCAGGAGAACAGCAAAUACAACCGCACAUGUAGCAAGCGGGAGUCUCUUCAGCAGCAGUAUGCACAAGACACAAAGAUGGGGUUUGUCAUUAAUGCCAUCUACUCGAUGGCAUAUGGCCUGCAUAACAUGCAACGGGCUCUGUGCCCAGGCUAUCAGGGGCUCUGUGAUGCAAUGCGACCUGUAGAUGGUGCUACACUGCUUGACUUCCUGAUGAAAACCAACUUCACAGGAGUGUCUGGGGAGGGAAUUCUAUUUGACGAGAAUGGAGACUCACCUGGCAGGUAUGAAAUAAUGAACUUCAAGAAGAUGGGGAAGGAUUAUUAUGACUACAUUAAUGUGGGAAGUUGGGACAAUGGUAUUUUAAAGAUAGAUGAUGAUGAAAUCUGGCCAAACAAAGACGCCAUCAUCAAGUCUGUCUGCAGUGAACCCUGUGACAAGGGUCAGAUCAAGGUGAUUCGUAAAGGUGAGGUGAGCUGCUGCUGGACAUGCACUCCCUGCAAAGAAAAUGAGUUUGUGUUUGACGAAUACACCUGCCGAGCCUGCGAGCUGGGAUCCUGGCCGACUUAUGACCUCACAGGUUGUGAUCCUAUCCCGGUAGAGUACCUGCGGUGGGGGGACCCCGAACCCAUUGCUGCUGUGGUUUUUGCCUGCCUUGGUCUUAUGGCCACACUCUUUGUUACUGGAGUCUUCAUCAAGUUUCGGGACACUCCGGUGGUGAAAUCUUCCAGCAGGGAGCUGUGCUACAUAAUCCUGGCAGGGAUCUGCCUCGGGUACCUGUGCACCUUCUGUCUCAUAGCCAAACCUCUUGUCAUCCACUGCUACCUCCAACGACUGGGAAUAGGCUUAUCACCUGCCAUGAGCUACUCUGCGCUGGUCACUAAGACAAACCGCAUUGCACGGAUUCUGGCAGGCAGCAAGAAGAAGAUUUGUACGAAGAAGCCUCGCUUCAUGUCUGCCUGCGCUCAGCUCAUCAUCGCCUUCCUUCUCAUACUGCUUCAGCUGGGCAUUAUUGUAGCUCUCUUCCUCAUGGAGCCACCAGAGGUGAUCCAUGACUACCCCAGCAUCCGCCAGGUCAACCUCAUUUGCAACACUACUAAUUUGGGAGUUGUUGCUCCACUGGGAUACAACGGUCUGCUCAUACUCAGCUGCACCUUUUAUGCCUUCAAGACCCGUAAUGUUCCUGCUAAUUUCAACGAGGCCAAGUACAUUGCCUUCACCAUGUACACCACCUGCAUUAUCUGGCUGGCCUUUGUACCCAUCUACUUUGGCUCCAACUACAAAAUUAUCACCAUGUGCUUCAGCGUCAGCCUCAGUGCCACUGUGGCUCUGUGCUGCAUGUUUGUCCCCAAGGUGUACAUCAUUCUGGCCAAACCAGAACGUAACGUGCGCAGUGCCUUUACCACGAGCACUGUGGUACGGAUGCACGUGGGUGAUGGCAAGUCAUCGUCGGCUGCCAGCCGCUCUUCGAGUCUGGUGAACCUUUGGAAACGUCGGGGUUCCACUGCAGAGACCCUGAGCUCCAAUGGGAAGUCGGUGUCUUGGGCACAGACUGAGCGCAGUGGUUCACGUGGCAACCACCUGUGGCAGCGGCUGUCCUUCCACAUCAAAAAGAAGGAGAACAAUCAGACAGCUGUCAUCAAGCCCUUCUCCAAAACCUCUGAAGAGCGCUACUGUCGAGCAUCCGACCUGCCCCCUCAUGUCCCUCUGCCCUCUCUCCCCUCUAUGUCCUCCCUGCCCACUCAUCCCGAUGGAGGUGCAGACAAGACCCUCUACGACCUCUCAGAAGCAGAAGAGCAGUACUCAAUCACAUAUCGGCCCCAGACACCUUCACCAAUCAGCACAGUCAGCCAGAGACUAGGGGUGGGCUUGGAGGAGGAGCCUCAGAUGGCUGGCAUUCCAAAGUACACGAGCAGCAUUUGCAGCGGUGGCAGUGGUAGCAGUUGUGUUCCCAGUGUCAGCGGAUCUGUCGUCACUGGGUGCGAUGGUCGCCUAGUAACCAUGGAUGACAUGCCAGAAGAGCCCCAAAGUUCACUGAUGGACCAGAUCAGCUGUGUCGUACACCGAUUUACCGCCAAUAUCACAGAACUCAACAGCAUGAUGCUCUCGACUUCUCCAUCUCAUUCGCACACGCACAAACACACGCCUCCUUCGCCGCACCAUGCUGACCCGUAUCUCUUACCCCGUGAACGCCACUUGCCCCCAGCCUACACUGAUGUCCAGCCCCUGCCUUCCAUCGAGCCAAACUUGAGGAGCCGGGACGGCUGCCUCAUUCACCCAGUCCCUCCUUACCCUUUGCCACCACCUCACCCCCAGGCCUCCCCCGCUGUUUCCCCAAUACAAAGAGGCAUGGUAGUCUGCCUCCCAGAGUCCCCACUGAGAAGGGAAGAGUUGGAAGAGGAGCUCAUUGCUUUGACUCCUCCGUCACCAUUCCGCGAUUCUCUAGCAUCCAGCAAUGGCUCACCGAUUUCAGAUACAGAAUUGUGUCUGCCCCCAGUGCCCUCCCACCCUCCUCCGUCUCCACCUCUAAGAUACAGCCAACUGACACUCAGAAACUACAGCCAGAGUUCCUCCUCACUGUGAAGGAAGACUGGACAGGAUGGACAGAAAUCCAUGCAGCAGAAUUAAAUUCAGAAGUCAAGAAGCCGCUGAGGGCUAGCUCGUAAGGAUACCAAACAUUGACUCUGCAGUGUCUUUGUUUACAUAUUUACACUGAGAUAAAAGUAAUGUUGA